GUCCUUAUGUCUCUAAAAAACAACUAUCGUCGUUAUAACCCACUGCUGGAUGAAUGGGUAAUUGUGGCUGCAAAUCGAGUUUCAAGGCCUUGGCAAGGAGCCAAUACCGAUGCGCCUUCCUUCACAACGACAACUGGAACAAAUUCUCUCGCACCCGGCGGAAAACGAUUCAACAACGUGGUUACCCCAGAGUACGCCUCAACAUAUGUCUUCAACAACGAUUUUCCGUCUUUCACAGAAUUCCCGGACGGUGGUAAUGAUUCGGCGGAAGAGGAUGAGCUAUUUCGUCAAAAGGAGAUUCGUGGAGUAUGUCGAGUAAUCUGUUACCAUCCGGAUACAAAGCAGAGUAUUGCCACGAUGACUUUGGAAGAGGUGACUCGAGUCGUGAAAGUAUGGAUCGAACAGUUUCGAGAGCUCAAAGAGAAGUACCACUGGAUUCAGAUCUUCGAAAACCGAGGUGCAGCGGUCGGCUGUUCGAACGCUCAUCCUCAUGGGCAGCUAUGGGCCGGGGAUUUCCUGCCGAAUUAUCCAGCGAGAAAGGACAAAUGCCAACGAGUAAGCUCAUACCCCUCUUAUAGGAAGCUCAUACCCCUCUUAUAG